UUGUUUCCUUCCGGACAUGUUUGAAUGUGUCACGGCGCAAAAUAAACUUUAGACUCUUUCAACAAUGUAUCGUUGUAUGUUAAGAACCUAAAUGACCUUUGACACACUUGCAUGAAUCAAAUGGCAGUUCAGUAUAAGGGUUAUUUGAUUACCGAUUGCUGUAACCUUUAGCAAAUCCGGAUGACAGGUUAUUAAAUGGAAGGAUAUGCUUCACGAAUCAAUUAUGCACCCAAAGUUUGUCAAGGACUGCAGAAAAGAAAAGUUUUCAAUGCCAGUGCACUCGUUUCAGCUCACUGCAAUACCUAGAACACAAUCCACAGCUUAUGUACACACACCAGGCAGUGUUAUACCGGUGUAUAAGCUCAAGUACACGCAGAAGGAGGUUGCCCAGUGCCUUUCCAGUAGUAGAUGGUGCAUGUCAGCUUAUUCACAGACAUGUAUUUGAAGCAAAUUUGCAGAACAGCAAGGAAUGCCAGCAAAGGUAUCUAGAGCUAAAGGAGAAAGUGUUAAAGGCAGGUGGGGAAAAAGCUGUUGCCCGACAUACGCAGAGAAACAAGAAGGUUCUUGUCAGGGAAAGACUGCACAUGCUGUUGGAUGAUGAUGAUUAUCUAGAGCUGUCAUUCUUUGCUGGAAUGGGUUUACCCUAUGGGGACAUCCCAUCAGCUGGCUGUAUCACAGGUAUUGGGAAAAUAAAUGGGCUAUGGUGUGUGUUUACUGCUAAUGAUGCCACAGUGAAAGGGGGCACAGCUUACCCUAUUACAGUAAAGAAACAGCUUCGGGCCCAGGAAGUGGCUAUGCAGAAUCGGCUCCCCAGUAUUUACUUGGUUGACAGUGGGGGGGCAUUUUUACCACUUCAGUCAGAUAUUUUUCCUGAUAAAAAGCAUGGUGGCCGUGUUUUUUACAAUGAAGCUAUAAUGUCAGCAAUGAAGAUUCCGCAGGUGGCAGUAGUGUGUGGCUCAUGCACUGCUGGUGGAGCCUACGUCCCCACUAUGGCUGAGGAGGCGAUCAUUGUGCACAGAAUAGGGACAAUAUUUUUAGCUGGUCCUCCUCUAGUUAAAGCUGCAACAGGGGAAGAAGUGACACCUGAGCAACUUGGAGGUGCCAAGCUGCACUCAGAGGUGAGUGGCUGCGUUGAUCAUUUUGCUGCUGUAGAGAGUGAGGCAUAUGAGUGUACUAGGAACAUCAUCUCCACUCUAAACUUUGAACUCCCAGAGGAGGACAACACUGAGAUUGAGGAGCCCCUGUAUAAUGCUGAGGACCUUAUGGGCCUUGCACCAAGGAGCUACAAUUUCAGCAUGGAUGUCAAACUGAUUGUUAGUCGGCUGACUGACGGCAGUCGGUUCCAGGAGUUUAAGUCUAACUAUGGUACCACUCUAGUGACUGGAUUUGCGAAAAUUGAAGGUCAUUUGGUUGGCAUUGUAGCCAAUAAUGGUAAGAUGACAUAUGAAGCCUGUCUGAAAGGAAGCCAUUUUGUCCAGCUGUGUGAGCAUAGAGAUAUCCCUCUCAUCUUCCUUCAGAACACAGCCCCAGAGCCUUUGCACACUCUCUCCAAAGAGAAGGCAGAGACCAACACCAACGUACUUAAAGCUCAGGGAUCCAUGAUGUCUGCUGUGGCGUGUGCAUCUACUCCUAAGAUCACAGUAGUCAUUGGAGGCUGCCAUGGUGGUGACAGCUUUGCCAUGUGCGGAAGGGCUUUUGAUCCAAAUUUCCUGUUUCUGUGGCCCAAUGCUAGAGUGUCAAUUUUAGCUCCAGGCCAUGCUGGUAGUUUGGUGCAGGAUGAAGAGGAGGCCUUGCACAUUAAUGAGCAGUUGAAAGAAGAGAGCUCAGCAUUCUUUUCAUCAGGCAGGCUAUGGGACGAUGGUGUGAUUCUUCCGCAAGACACAAGGAAGGUGCUGGGCAAAUGUUUAAAAAUCAUCAAGCAACAGGAGUACCAGCUGUCUCAAGAAAAGGCUAACCACAUACCUCUUCGAAUGUAACAUCUCUAAACAAAGCAUUUCACUGAAAAUGUUUGGGCUACUUGUAGUCAUGAGGACUUCCCUUUGUAAAACAGCAAGGCAGGAUCCAUUUUCUUGAUGUUUUUUUACACCUAGAAAAAAAAACAUAUUUCUACUUACAGAUUGAUUUUUUUGUUCCUGAAGUGCUCCAAAAAAAGUUCCACCUGCACCAGGAUCAUUAUGUUAGCUACUCUUUUAAAACCAACAAUAUGAGACAUUUUACACGUAUUUUCCAUUUACAUUUUCAGAGAAAAUUAUGACUGGUCUCAGUUAUUCAUUUGCAGGUGGAUCAUAUCCAUUAGGGGUAUUAUUUUUGAAUGUUUAAUCCAUGAUAAUGGACCCAUCAUUAUAAUCACAUUAAUUUUAAUUCUUUAUUGAUUUCCAUCUAAACUAUGGUCAUCUGUGCUGAAAUGUACAAUGUUUAUUUAUGUUGUGUGUAUAUUGUAUAUGCAUCUUUAUUUUCACUUUACAGUAUCUGUAGUUCAGAACAGUGUAUUCAUAACAAGUAAAAAUCACCUGCAGGCAAACUUUA